AAGGCGGUCUCGCCAUUCUCCAACACAUCUCAGCGAGGCAAGCUCUGAAUUGCUAGAUUUCUCAGCAGCAAUGCAUCCUGCAUCGUCCUCCAGCGACCGCGACGGGAAGGUACCGGGGGAUGUCCCAUGCGAUCCGACGACCACGCUGAGCUGCCUGGCGACCAUGUGGCAGUGCGAGGUGACCUCGGAACAAAUGGCGGCGAACCUUGACAAACACGACAGCCUCGCCGCCUUCAGGAGCCAGUUUGAAAUUCCCAAAAUGAAGACGAAGCCGGGAGUUGACCUGAGUGCUGUCAACCCUGAGGACGAUAUAAUUUACAUGAACGGGAACUCGCUGGGGCUGAAGCCCAAGAAAACUGACGAGUAUUGCAGUAAAAUGCUGCAACAGUGGGGAGAGUGGGGCCAUCAAACGCACUUCAUGGGUGUACUGCCCGCCGCCAAAUGUGACCUCGAGGUCAACGGCUCCCACGCGCGAUUGGUCGGAGCGCAUCCAGACGAGGUGGCCGUCAUGAACGGGCUGACGGUGAACCUGCACCUGCUGCUCAUCGCCUUCUAUCACCCGACGCCGCUGCGGCACAAGGUGCUCAUCGAGGAGAAGGCGUUCCCGAGCGACAAGUACGCAGUCGGCUCGCAGGUGCGCCGCCGCGGCUACGACCCGUCCAACUCCGUCAUCCAGCUGCGCCGCCGACCCGGCGAGGACGUGUUCCGCACCGAGGACGUGCUCGACCUGAUCGCCCGACACGGCCACGAGAUCGCCGUCAUCCUGAUCGGCGGCGUCCACUACUUCACCGGCCAGAAGUUUGACAUGGAGGCGAUCACCAAGGCGGGUCACGCGGCCGGGUGCGUGGUCGGCUUCGACCUGGCGCACGCCAUCGGCAACGUCAAGCUGGAGCUGCACAAAUGGAAUGUGGACUUCGCCUGCUGGUGCACGUAUAAGUACCUCAACUCGGGGCCGGGCUGCAUCGCUGGAGCGUUCGUGCACAAUCAGCACAUGCUCUCGCACCUGCCGCUGCUGCACGGCUGGUGGGGCAACAAGGCCGAGACGCGAUUCCACAUGAGGGACUCCAUUGACGCCUCGGUGGGAGUCAACAGCCUGAAGCUAUGCAAUCCGCCACAAAUGUUGGUGGCCAUGAACCGGGCCAGCAUGGACAUUUUCGACCAGGUGUCGAUGGACCAGCUGCUAGAGAAGCAGACGCUGCUGACCGGUUACCUGGAGCUGCUGGCGGCACGCCGGCUGCCCGAGGCAUGCCAGAUGACGCCCCGUGACCCGCACCAGCGGGGCUGUCAGCUCUCCUUCCGCUUCCCCGAUCUG